AUGACAACCCCGGGCAACCCUCCCCUGCUCACCACCCAGAACUCACACCAGCCUGAAAGUGUCCUCCCCCUUCGCUCCACAGCCCUGCAAGACCAGCGGACCGUCCUCCCCACUCCCUUCACAAACACAUCCCCCCUACCGACUCUGAUAACACAGGGCGCCGAAGCCCUUCUCUACCGCACCCAUUUCCUCUCCCCCUCGGCGCCGGCGGCGCUGAAAUUCCGCCCCUCAAAAGCCUACCGGCACCCGACCCUCGACGCGCGAUUGACCAAGCAGCGCGUCCUCGCGGAAGCGAGGGUCCUGGUCAAGUUGAGCGCACUUGGGCCAGCAAGUGGAGUUAGUGUGCCCGCCGUGUUGAGCCUGGAAUGGGAUGUCGCGAGGAAAGUCAAAGGCCUUAGUGGCGAGCAGAGGGGCGCGAGGAGCGAUGCUGGACAGGGCGCGGGCGCAUGGCUCCUCAUGGAGUGGAUCGAGGGGAAGAGCGUCAAGGAGCUGUUGAGGGAGUGGGAUGCGUGGUAUAAGAGUCUGGACCGGGAUCGAGACGCCCCGGGCGUGCGAGAAGACAUUGCCGCGCAGGAAGGCGAGGUCAAGAAGCUCUUACGAAGGAUCGGACAGGCUGUGGGUGCGAUGCAUGCCAGGGGGGGUGUCGUGCAUGGGGAUCUGACGAGCAGUAAUAUCAUGAUUCGACCGCUUGGUGAGGGCCAGGGCCAGCAGAAUGAAAUGACGGACGGCAAGCAAAACGGGGCAGAAGAGACAGAGGCAGAUGCAAAGCCGAAACUAGAACCGCCAGACCUGGCGGGUGAGAUUGUGCUCAUCGAUUUUGGGCUGGCUACGCAGUCUGUGCAAGAUGAAGAUCGAGCCGUGGAUCUGUAUGUUCUGGAACGGGCGUUUGGGUCCACGCAUCCCCGGCAGGAAGGGUGGUUUGAUGCGGAGGUGUUACAAGGUCAGGAGGGAUACCGGGGGAGUUUCAAGGGGAGCAAUAUUGUGCUGAAGAGGCUGGACGAGGUCAGAUUGCGAGGAAGAAAGAGAAGUAUGGUUGGAUGA